CUGGUGUUCUUCAUCUCUCAUCAUGGCGGAGAAGCCGAGCUGGCCGAUCACGAGGGACUCCUACGAGCUGGAGACAGUCAUCGGCCGGGGGGCCACGGCCGUGGUCCAGGCCGCUCUCUGCUCCCCCAGACGGGAACGCGUCGCCAUCAAGAGGAUCAACCUGGAGAAAUGUCAGACCAGCAUGGAGGAGCUGCUGAAGGAGAUCCAGGCCUUGAGUGGCUGCAGCCAUCCCAACGUGGUGAGCUACUUCACCUCCUUCGUGGUGAGAGACGAGCUGUGGCUGGUCAUGAGGCUGCUGGGAGGCGGGUCAAUGCUGGAUAUCAUCAAAGGCGCCAGCAAGGAGGAGCAGAGAAGCGGAGGGCUGGAUGAGCCGAUCAUUGCCACCAUAUUAAAAGAAGUCUUAGAAGGCCUGGACUACCUGCACAGACAUGGACAGAUACACAGGGACGUGAAGGCAGGAAACAUCUUGCUGGGAGAUGACGGUUCUGUUCAGAUUGCAGAUUUCGGAGUAAGUUCGUUUCUAGCCACAGGGGGCGACAUCUCCAGGAACAAAGUCCGGAAGACCUUCGUCGGAACGCCAUGCUGGAUGGCCCCCGAGGUCAUGGAGCAGGUACGAGGCUACGACUUCAAGGCUGACAUCUGGAGCUUCGGGAUCACAGCUAUCGAGCUGGCCACAGGCUGUGCUCCUUACCAUCAGUAUCCACCCAUGAAGGUCCUAAUGCUGACCCUGCAGAACGACCCUCCAAGCUUAGAGACCGGUGUCGAGGACAAGGAGCUGCUUAAGAAAUAUGGAAAAUCAUUUAGAAAGCUAAUAACUAUGUGCCUUCAAAAGGACCCCACCAAAAGGCCCACAGCAGCAGAACUCUUGAAGUGUAAAUUCUUUCAAAAAGCAAAGAACAGAGAGUAUCUGGUGGAGACACUCAUGAGUCAGGCCCCAAAGAUACAGAAACAGCGAGCCAAGAAGGUGAGGAGGCCCUCAGGCUCCAGCGGCCGUCUGCAGAAGAUGGCGGACGGGGCCUGGGAGUGGAGCGAAGAGCAGCCGGACACGGGCCGCCGGGAGGCGGGGGCGGGGAAUGACAGGAAGGCCAACAUGGUCCCAAUGGUCACGCGGACUCUUCAGCACCCCCAGGUGGAGCCCUUCCAGAACGACGCCUUCAUGGACGGUGUGGUUAACCUGGUCCUACGGCUGAGGAACGGCAGGAAGGAGUUGAACGACAUCCGGUUUGAAUUCAGCCCGGGCCGAGACACCUCGGAGGGCGUGUCCCAGGAGCUGUACUCCGCCGGAUUGGUCCACGGACAUGAUGUCAUGAUCGUGGCUGCUAAUCUUCAGCGGAUGGUUGAUGACCCAAACACCUACAAAGUACUCACUUUUAAACUCGCCUCCAGCUGCGACGACUCAGAGACCCCGGAUGAGGUGAAGCUGACCGGCUUCGCCCAGCUGAGUGUCAUCUGACCACCGAACCCUCCCUUGGAACCCUAAGGGAGAGGGUCAGGGUUAGGAACGCACUGCCUCCCCUAAUCCUGACCCCUACCCUAACCAUAGCCCAGCCUAACCCUAACCCAGCCUAACCCUAACCAAGCCUUACAGAGACCAGGAGGGACCAGGAGACAGAGACCAGGAGGGACAGAGACCAGUAAGGACAGGGACCAGGAGGGACAGAGACCAGGUGGGACCAGGAGACAGAGACCAGGAGGGACAGGGACCAGGAGGGACAGAGACCAGGAGGGACCAGGAGGGACAGAGACCAGGAGGGACCAGGAGGGACCAGG